AUGAGAACUUCUACUGUUCUAUGGUCUCUAACGAGCCUGCAUGGGUUACUUGCCCAUGCAGUGCCCCUCAACUCCCCUUCUGUCAAGUUCAUAUCUCCCUCCAAAGUCAGCCCCGGCAGCGCACAAAACGUUGUUGUUGAGUACAGCGGCGAUGUCGAUGGACACUUGACCCUGAGUUAUGGCGCAUGCGGGGAUGAGACAAUUGUCUCAGAGACUGUGCAUCAUAUCGGGUCGACGCACGUUGGCCAACAUCCUUUGGCAAAGCGCCAUGUAGAUCACCAGGACAAGCGGCCAACACGAUUUGUCUGGCUGACAUCGGACAAUAUCUCGAGCGGCUGCCUCAGCGCCUUCUUGGACGGAGAACUUAUCGGCCAGUCUGAUGAGCUCGACGUUGUCAAGCGCCUUGCGCGCCGAGGCGAAAAGAAAAAGUCGUUUGCGGACGUUGCUGGUGAUGACAGUCUGUGGUUCGAUGGCGUUGCGUAUCUCAAGCAGAAGCAACCUGAUGACUGUUUUGUCACCGCUACAAAGAACAAGACCUUUGGGAUUUUGGGUGGUGGCAUGUCUGGACUUUUAUCUUCUCUUAUCCUUGACUCUGUCGGCAUCCACAACUGGAAGAUCCUCGAGUCAUCCGAAAGAAUUGGUGGUCGCGUUAGAACUGUCUACUUGAACGGUACCUCCCCAGAAGACGGCCAAUACCAUGAACUUGGGCCCAUGAGAUUUCCUUACGAGCUCACCGACUCGGAGACCAACGAGACAUUUCCUUUCAUGGACCAACGAAUGAUCUUCCAGCUAGCUGACGUUCUCAACGGAAUGAACGCAGGCAACAAGUCGCUUCAAGUUGAGUUCUGGGACUGGAUCCAAAGUUCGCCAAAUACACCUGUCGAUACGCCUUUCAGACGCCCAGAUGGUUCAUGGCCCACCAAGGCUGAAGUGGCGAGUGACCCAGCAUACAAAAACCCGGCUGUGUACCAUAAUGCGACAGCCGCUGAGGAAGCUAUCGAGGCUUUGGAUGACUUCAAAGGCCUUACUCCUGAGCGCAUUCGUAUGUCUGCCACCAAUAUCUUCAAAGCGUACAAGCAAGCCAAAGAAGAUGGAGGGUUUGAUUACUCCGAGGUUUCCUACCUUCGAGAUGUGAUCAAGGCAGACCUCAACACAACAGAUGAAGUCACGCCCUCGCAUAUCUACUGGCCUAUGUGGGAAUACGAAACCAUUUACUUCCUCGCUAGUAAAUGGGUCACCAUCAAAGGUGGGCUGAGCCGAUUACCUGCUGCAGUUGAGCCGCACAUCAAAGAUAGAGUUCAGUACAACGCCAAAGUCAACGGUCUGCACUACAACGAGAACAAAACUCUUUCUGUGUCUUGGAAACCCACUGGCUCCGAGCCAUUCAGCACGCCCAACAAUGUUGAGAACUUUGACUAUGUUCUCAACAGCGUACCGCUCAACUUGAUGAAGUUUUGGAAGAUGCCACGAUACUCGAGUCUUCUCAAGCGCGCCAUCGAUAGGACCUUGUUUGCCAACGCUUGCAAGGUUGCUGUUCAGUUCAAGACGCGCUUCUGGGAACAUCUUGAUCGCCCUAUCUUUGGCGGCUGUACUCGUAUCACCAGUCCUCAGCUAGGCCAGGUCUGUUAUCCUUCGUGGCAUAUCAACUCAACAGGCCCUGGAACGAUGAUGGCAUCUUAUCUCUCCGAUUACGAAGCCACAGUCGCGUGCGCCAUGUCCGAGGAGGAACAUCUAGCCUACAUAAAAAACGCCCUGAUCGAAAUCCACGGCGAUGUAGUCGAAGAAAACUGGGUGGGUACAUACAAACGUCAUUGUUGGGAAAAUGAUGAGCAUCAUGCUGGUGCUUUUACGAUGCAGAUCUUUGCGCAGCAGCAUUUAUAUCUCCCUGCGUUUUACCAGACGGAGUUCAAUACUGUUUUCAUUGGAGAGGCGGCCACUUUUACGCAUACUUGGAUUUUCAGUGCGCUUGAGAGUGCGGUUAGAGGCAGUGUUCAGCUGUUGUUGGACUUGGGACUCGUUGAUGAGGCGAAGCAGGUUACACAGACAUGGAUGGCUCGCUGGAUAGAUGUCUAG